AUGGCGAGCGCGACUCCCAGUGAGAGUGUGGAUAGUGAGCUGCGCUGCUCCAUCUGCCUGGGCACGUUCGUCUGCCCCUCCACGCUGAGCUGCGGACACUCGUUCUGCCUGCGGUGCCUGGAGGCCGCCUGGGAGACGGCGAGCAGCUUCAGCUGCCCGCAGUGCCGAGCGACCUUCCCUGUGCGACCCCAGCUGAGGAGGAACGUGGCCCUCGCCAACCUGGCGGAGCAGCUCAGAGUUGGAGACGGGAUGGCCGCGGCCGUCGUGUGUGACACUGCGCUGAUGGCCACUCCUGCAGUGAAGACCUGCCUGAGAUGUGAGAUGUCCUUCUGUGCGACGCACUUGAGGCCUCACGUGGAGAAUCCCAGGCUGAGUGAUCACGUCCUGGUGGCUCCCAUCGCGAACCUGGAGGAGCGAAGAUGCAAGGAGCACAGAGAGGAGCUGAAGUACUUCUGUGAACAGGAUAAGAUCCCGGUCUGCACAGGCUGCACCAUCACUGGAGACCACCCGGACACAGAGUCAUCACAGUGGAAAAAGCGCAACAGACAAGACAGGUGA